GCAGAGGAUCCUCAGACUGCUGCAGCCAUGGACCUGCUGCCAGCUCUCUGCCUCUGUCUGCUCAUCUGCUCCGGAGCUGCGUUCAGCCAUCAGACCGGGUCAGAGGUCAUCAGGAAGAUCGUCAAAGAAGACCAAGAUGCUCUUUUAUUUUGUGCUCUGGAUGGUACAAAUAUUGCAGAAGACGUGUUUGACUGGAAGACAGACGGCAGCAGCAGGCAUGAGGUGUUUGUCUAUAGAGGCAGCUCCUACGGAGACCACCUUCCGGGUCAGGAUGCUCACUUUAAAGAUCGGGUGUUUCAUUUCCCCGAGCAGCUGGCAGUCGGUAACGCCUCCAUAGUGAUCAGAAAAACCCAGGUGACAGAUAGCGGGAAUUACACCUGCUAUUUUCCCUUUCAUGAGCCCCGAAGACGAGCCCAGUAUGAGCUGAUUGUUGAGUAUAUCUUAAAACCCAGAAACAUCCCAGGAGCAGCUCAAGAUCCCUUCAUUGUUUACAACAAAACCAGCGACGGAGUCCUGCUGCAGUGUGUCGUUCGUAGAGCUUUUCCUAAACCCAGAGUGGAGUGGAGGGACAGUUCUGGAAGCAUCCUGACGACUGAACCAACGUUCACACAGAAAGACAUGAGCUUUGACGUUUUCCUUCGAGCUACUGUGACCAGGAGUGGAUUCUACCGAUGUGUGGCGACACAGGAGGAAAUCCACAAUGAAGUCUUCACUGAGACAUACGUGCCUGGUCCUGGAGCAGCCUCCAAACCAUCUGUAACAAACCUCAAACAAACCAGCGACUGGGCUCUUCUGCAGUGUGAAGUUCUUGGAGCUUCUCCUAAACCUUCAGUUUUCUGGAAAGAUGAUUCUGGAAACAUCAUCAAGUCUGAAGAACCUGAAGUGACAGAAAGACGAGGAAGCUACGACAUCGUCCUCCAAACCACUGUGACCAAAGAAGGUUUCUAUCACUGUGAAGUGACUCAGGCGGAGAUCAGCCAUCAAGUUUCUGCGAAGACAAAUGUUUUCUUUGGUGGUGAGUUUUAA